AUGUUGACUCAUUUCCUGAAGACUGACUCGAAAGUGAUUAACAGUGGACAAGGUUUUCACAGUCUGCUUCUGGCUACUGUUGACUGUGUGUGGUGUUCGGUUAUUGGUUGUACUUUAUCCGAAAAUUAUUUCCUGGAAAACGAGGGAUGCUUUCUGCUUCUGGAUCUUCUUGAGAUAUGUUCUCAAGACAUGCAACAGAAUGUCUUGGGUUGUCUUUUGGAUUUGUGCUGUGAGAAUCCACAAACAGUCAAACAUAUCCUGACGUGGAAAGGGUCUAAAGAAAAUGUGUCAGCCCCUCAUUUUUUUUGCAAAAUGUGGCGAGAAGAAGAACGGCAAAUGGGAGUUAGAAGGCAGCCAUCGGGAGCCAUUGCAGACCCAGAUUAUCCUUUGAUGGGUUGUCUCCAAAUGGAAUCAGGAUUUUAUCCGCAGUCAGCGUGUUGUGCAAGCCAGGCAAUUGUUGAUGUGGUGGAGAACAUGCGAGGAAAAAUUUAUUGUUUUUUUUGCAAACUGGGAUUUGAUGACCUUCCUGGACUCCAAAUGAUCGACCAUAUAACUUUAGUCAUUAUUGAGAAAUAUCUGACAUUCAAGUCAGGUGAAGUGUGGAUAGAAAUUGUGAAAGAAUUAGAAUUAGAAAAUGUGGAACCUCUCAAAGACGAUAAAGCUGUGUGUGAUGCUCUCCUGCAAAGAGUGAAAGAAUGCUGUCAGCUGAAUAUGCAGUUUCAAUUGAAACUGAUUGAAUCACAAAAAAAUAUGGAUGCUUUAGAUGAGCAGGAAUUAUACGCUGAGAUACGAGAGAAUAAUCGACAGAAAGAAAUGAACCAAAAUUCAUGGGCCGAAUUUGUGUCGAGAACUUCCAGUUAUAAUUUAUUGAAAGCUGCGAAACUCCGUCAGGAUUUAUCAAUUGAUCUUUCAAGAUUACAGAAAAUAUAUCGCAAUGAAAAAUUCUUCCACAAUAUAACCAUGCCAAAACUGGGAACAACAGUAUUCAGUGGUUUCCAUGUGCAGAUUGAAAAAAUCACUCCAUUGCAUAUGCAACACCAAAUAAAAGAGAAUGGCGAAGAGAAAGAACAAUAA